AAGAAAAUUUUCAAAUUUUAAAUUUCCCGCGUAUUUUUUUUAUUCUAUCAUACACUCAUCUUAGUAUAAUGUAGACUGCAUGCGUGAUUGCAUUGAGGUUAAAUUAACAUUUGAUUAUUAAAGUGUAUAUUAUUUAAAAUAUAUUAUAUUAUUUAAAAAUAAAUUAUGACAAGUUAUAUAUCAUGUGCUUGCAAUCGAGUUCCACAUUCAGUUGAUUGGGGAAAAAAUGGACUUAUUUGUUUCGCAGCAUGUCAUGCAGUUGCAAUUUAUGAUCCAUAUAUUUCAAAAAUUGGAAAAAUAACAAAUACACUUCAUCAACACAAAGAUCGAGUUAAUACUGUUCGAUGGAUUAAACGAAGAAACUCGAAAAUCGAAUCAGAAUUAUUAUCAAGUUCAGUAGAUGGAACAGUCAUUGUUUGGAGUAAAAAAAAUAAUUUCUUUAAUUGUAGCUGUAUCAUAGAAGUUAAAAAUAUUGUCACAUUUAGUAAUUGUAUAUAUAUUUAUGAUCAAGAUUUUUUAAAUGAAGAAACAUUUUCUAAAUUAUUAAUAUGCACUGGAUCUGUUGAAGGAGAUUUAAAAAUAUGGUUUAGAGAUACACACAAUAAUGUAAAAUGUCUACAGACACUUACAUUUAAUAGAAAAUUACCAAUAGAAGCUUGUUUUUCUUUUUUGCCAAAUACAGAUUUACCUCUUUUAGCUAUUGGAUUAGAAAAUUCAACAAUUGAAUUAUAUAUAACCAAUUUUAAUACUAUAGAAAAAUUAUAUUUUGUGAAAGUUCAAGUUUUGGUAGGGCAUGAAGAUUGGGUACGAUGUAUGGACUUUAAUUACAUAAAUGAUAGUAUUUUGCUUGCAAGUGGAUCUCAAGAUGCCAUGAUACGACUUUGGAAAAUUUCUGCAAGCAAUAUAGAAGAAUCAAAUAAUGAAUUACAUCAAAAAAAACAAAUAUUCAUUGUCAAUGGCUCAAAAUAUCAUAUUACUUUAGAAUCUGUUCUUUAUGGUCAUGAGGGCUGGGUUUAUGGUAUACAUUGGUAUCCAUUACAAUUGGAUAAUAAGAAUAGAAUUUUAAGAUUAUUAUCCUGUUCAUUAGAUAAAUCUAUGAUUAUAUGGGAACCAGAUGAAAUAACUGGUAUUUGGUCUGAAAAAGUAAGAGUAGGUGAAGUUGGUGGUAAUUCAAUGGGUUUUUAUGGUUGUAAAUUUAGUGGUAAUGGAUUAAAUAUAUUAGCACAUGGUUAUCAAGGAUCAUUUCACAUUUGGGAAUAUUCAAAUAUUAUAAAAAACUGGAUUCCAAAAUCUGUACCAAGUGGACAUUUUGCUGAAGUAGUUGAUCUUUGUUGGGAUUCAAAUGGAAGGUUUCUCAUUACUGCAAGUAGAGACCAAACAACAAGAAUUCAUGCAUUUUGGAAAAGUGAAAUAGAAUUUUGGCAUGAAAUUGGACGUCCGCAAAUUCAUGGAUAUGAUAUGUCUUGUUUAGCUAUGUUAACUCCUUACAUGUUUGCUUCAGGAGCAGAAGAAAAAGUUGUACGUAUAUUUGUAGCAUCAGCAAUAUUUAAAAAUUGUUUAAAGAAACUUGUCAAUGUUGACGAUUUUAAAAAUAUGAUGGCUGAUAGUGCAUCAGUACCUGCUCUUGGAUUAACAAAUAAAGCAACAUUUAAUAAUAAUAUUACAAUUGAAAAUAAUACAGUUAAUGACUUUAAAAGUGAGGAUUAUAUUCCUCCAACAGAAGAAGAAUUAAUACAAAAUACAUUAUGGCCAGAAUUACAAAAACUUUAUGGUCAUGGAUAUGAAAUAUUUUCUAUAGCUGCCAGACAUGAUGGGAUAUUAUUGGCAACUGCAUGUAAAUCAUCAUCACCAGAACAUUCUGCAAUAUUAUUAUGGAAUACAAAUACAUGGACUCAAGUUCAAAAACUUAUAUCUCAUCAAUUAACUGUGACACAAAUGGAAUUUUCUCCUAAUGACAAAUAUUUAUUAUCUGUUUCUAGAGAUAGAAGAUGGUCAUUGUUUGAAUUUAAAGAUGAUAUAUAUAUCUUAAUUGCAACUAGUUUGAAGAAAGAUAAUCUUCAUACUCGUAUAAUAUGGUGCUGUUCAUGGAUGCACGAUUCAUCUUUUUUUGCAACUGGUUCUAGAGAUGGAAAAAUUGGAAUUUGGAAUGUAAAAUUUUCAGAUGAUAAAAUUAUUCCAAUUACUAGUUUGGAUGUAAAAAAUUCAGUUACAGCACUUGCAUUUUCAUUACAAAAUAUUCAAGAUUUUCAUAUCUUAGCUAUAGGAUUUGAAACUGGAUGUAUAGAAAUACAAAAAUUAAAAAUUAUUGUUAAUAAUUUUAAAUGGGAAAAGUAUAUAGUAUAUGAUUCUUCUCAAGCACAUCAUUUAACUGUUAAAAGACUUAAAUUUCGACCUCAAAAAAAAUAUUCAAAUACUUUACAAUUAGCAAGUUGUGGAUCUGAUCAUAUUGUUAAGAUACAUGAUAUCAAUGUUUUUAAAUAAACAAAUUUGUAAAAUUUUUUA